AUGGAAGCGAGUAUGGACCACAGAAGCGUAGCGGCUUCUAAGCUACGGAAUGCUGAACAAUCCACUUCCCUUGAACCGCACUCAGCCACCUCUCCAUCGUUGUCUUCUCCAACUUUGGUAGAACGCCGGGCGAAAACAAACUGUACCUAUGAGAAUCAAACAGUACUCACGACAACGAAAAUCAGGCACCAUUCAAAACGUCUGGUUAAGCAAAUUCCACUAGACCUGACAUCUAGCAGUAACAAGGAUGAAGCAGCCAAACACCAACUCUUGGUACCUGUAGCUCAAAUAUCUCUUGUCGAGACUAAGCCUCCCAGAACAUCGGUUACAUAUGCAGAGAUUGCUGCAAGGGUCCACCGAGAGGCCGCCGUUGCGUCCUCUUCCAUUGUAAACACCGUUGACGCGAAUAGAGAAACAAACUGA